CUUUGUUCAUUAGGUGAUUGGGACUGAAGCUAGGGCAUUGUACAAUGCUGGGCAAGCAACAGGGAUGACAUUUUGGGCACCAAACAUUAACAUUUUCAGGGACCCAAGGUGGGGGAGAGGGCAGGAGACACCUGGCGAAGACCCAUUGGUGGUAGGCAAAUACGCCGUGUCGUAUGUGAGAGGCGUUCAAGGCGAUUCUUUUGAAGGAGGGAAGCUCAAGGUCGGUGGUCGUCUUCAAGCUUCUGCUUGCUGCAAGCAUUUCACAGCUUAUGAUUUGGACAACUGGAAAAGCGUCACGCGUUUUGGCUUCGAUGCUCGUGUGAGUGAGCAAGACCUAGCAGACACGUAUCAGCCUCCAUUCAAGAGCUGCGUGCAGCAAGGCCAAGCCAGUGGCAUAAUGUGUGCUUAUAAUCGUGUCAAUGGGGUUCCAAGCUGCGCAGAUUACAAUCUCCUAACCAAGGUUGCUAGAGGCCAAUGGGAUUUUCAUGGGUACAUCACGUCGGACUGCGAUGCGGUGUCCAUCAUUCGCGAUGUGCAAGGGUACGCUAAAACGCCCGAAGAUGCAGUCGGUGAUGUGCUCAAAGCAGGUAAUGUGGGGCCCUCCCUCGUCUUUUUCUAAUUUGUUUAUUUUCCC